ACUACGAGUUAGGUGAAAUCAACUUUAAUAUACAAAAUAUAGCAUCAGCGGUAAAGACAUUAAAAGCUAACGGUAGUUGUGGGAUAGAUGAUAUACCAUCUGUCAUAUACAAAAACGGUGGCACGGAUAUGAUACUACUAUUACUUAGAAUGUUCACCCUAUCACUAGUGACUGGGACCUACCCUGAAAAUUGGAAAAACACGUAUAUACUACCUAAGCAUAAAGGAGGGGCCAAAACUAAUGCAUGUAAUUAUAGGCCUAUCAGUAUAACACCUGUCAUAUCAAGGAUCAUGGAGAAAGUAAUCAAAGACCAAAUGUCAGACUACUUUCUAAAACACAAACUCAUCAACCAGUCACAACACGGAUUCCUUAAGAAAAGAUCUUGCGUCACUUGCCAUAUAGACUUUUUCAACGAAGUCACCUAUAGAAGAGAUAGGAGAGAACUAGUAAUUAUCCUCUAUUUCGAUAUCAGGAAAGCCUUCGACAGAGUCCCACAUAGUCUGUUAGUCAGCAGGCUAUGCUCACUAGGGAUACGCAACCCCCUCCACAACUGGAUAAAAUCAUUUCUCAGUGACAGAAAUCAGACAACAAAAAUUGGCUCGAUGACCUCCAGGCCUAGGCCGAUUAGCAGUGGUGUCAUCCAGGGGAGUGUAUUGGGACCCCUUCUUUUCAUUAUAUACAUAAACAGUAUAUGUAAGUGCUUUAGUAUAGGCAAGCCAAUACUGUAUGCAGGUGACUUAAAUGUGACAUAUACCUGCACAAAUACAGAUAUCGGUACAACUAUGAACUCCAUACAUGAAGAAUUAACAAAAAUGGACAUAUGGUGUGACACCUGGAGACUUGAGUUUAAUGUCGAAAAGUGUGGCUGACUCUGCAUAGGCUGUCCCAACCUAGAACUCGACCUAGCAAUUUAGGGCCACAAAAUCCCCAGACUCAAAUCUGUGCUAGACCUAGGACUGACAUAUUCACACAAUCUAUCAUUUUCUGAACAUAUCUCGAAACAAGUAUCGAAAUCACGCAGGCUUAUUGGUUUCCUACUCAGGAACUUCUACAGAAGUGAAUCCAGAAUACUACUGUACAAGGUUUGUGUGCGCCCACUCCUAGACUAUUGUUCAUUCAUAUUUAGUAGUAUACGCAUAGAAGACAAACUGAAA